AUGAUAGAGCGCGGAAAGGUGAAAGCGAAUUGCAGAGCUUUAAUCAGCUUCUCUUCCAUGGCUCAUUUCUGUUUUUAGAUCUGCGCGAGCCUAUGUCACUGUCGUCACAUUGUACAUGCAAACAUUCGUUUAGAAUAGUGGCCCAGAACAAGGGCACAACAUUGCACGGAGGGGAUAUGUCUUACACAGACACGUUUCGCUUUGAUUACUUAGAUUUGCUACAUCAUUUAAUACCUUUUCAUCUCAUUCACCGUUCAUUUGUUUCUUGAAAGAGUGCUUGUGACGUCAAUCCAUGCCAUAACAAGUUUAUCUGCCAGUCUGGAUUUACAGACCAACGGUAUCGUUGCGUAUGUGCUCCGGGUUUUACCGGCGAAGAUUGUGGACAGGGUAAGAAUAAAUGAAGUGAAAACGAUUUUGUUUUUCUACCAUUGCUUCUAACACCAUUAACUGAAGGAUGCUGCUGAUUAAGAAUUUUUUUAAGAGCCAGCUUUGAUUUCAUUUGUUUUUGUUAGACAAAAGAAGUAAAAUAAAGCUAGGGAGUACUCUUAAUGAACCCUUGAUAACAACUUUGUGAGGUCGUCAGGACGAACGAAAGCGCACCCGGGGACAAUUAAAGGGGUAGAAUAUUGCUUUAUGGAAAGAACAAAAAGAGCGCGCAUGACCUUCCUAGUUUACUUGGCAACCGAGGUAAAGGGGAACUUAAAUAAUCCUUUUCCCCUGACUUCACACACAGAUUUUAGCUCCACACGCAAUUUUUUGUUACAAGAGUAAAGUUGACAAAGUACUUUUUUCACGACAAAACAAACGAAACUAUGAUUAUUUGUUCUUGGUUCAGAAAUAUUUUGAUUCACAUACUGACAUGACUGUGCAUUAGGCGUUGUUGUGAGACAAUUCAGAGGGAUCGCUUGGCUGUUGUUUGCUUGGUAUCUUUAAGCGAGCAACUUCUUUCAAAUUUAGUCCUGUGUCGUUUAUUAUUAUACAGAGUUUUUUCCUUAUCUCAAAUAUUUCAAUUUGCCCAGAUAUUGACGAAUGCAGUGUCUUUCCCUCCAUCUGUGAUAUAAAUGCUAUCUGUCGGAAUAGUGAAGGAUCUUACCUAUGUUCAUGUAAGGAGGGGUUUGCUGGUGAUGGCAAGGCGUGCAAAGGUAAAGCGAACAACCCUUAA